AUGGUGAUUAAUUGUAUUUCUAUAAUAUUCAAGCCACAUAGCAAGAUGGUGUCUAACGAUGAUGUAGUGGGUACCUCAGGGCCCUCCAGCGCGCCCCAAGAUGUUGGCAACCCUCCCAUCGUUAUUUGUUCCACUGACCCAAAUGCGGCGGAACCCCAAAAGCCACUGGAACCCCAACAAACACUCAUCGAAAGCACCAUCUCCCCAAAACGAUUCUCACCACUCACCAGACAGGUUCUGGCAGCUUCUGGUCCCAUAAUGGCAACUGUAGCUGCUGGAAUGACAUCAGGUUAUUCGGCGAUUUUAUUACCCCAACUAAAACUCGCAGAUAGUCCUAUUCAAAUUGACACUGAACAAGAGUCCUGGAUUGCAUCAGUGGCAGCUUUGCCUAUGUCGGCGGGUUGUUUGAUAUCAGGAGUUUUGAUGGAGCGAUAUGGAAGACGAGCGACC